UUUAGUGUCAACUUGCCUUUAAACUAUUCUCAUUUUUCCUGUAGGCAUGGUCAAACCCCAAUCUUAUCCCCUUCUCCAAGCCAUUUUAAAGGCUUUUUGUCCAUCUGGGUUCCUCUCAAAUCUCCAUAUGAAUGCUGAUAGCUCUCUUUUGCCCACAGUUGGAUUUCUCAUCCUGUAUCUGGUUGCCUUAAGAGCUGCCUCUAGCUGUUUUGCUUAGUGGGUGGUUAUCCUUACACAGAGAGAGGUGGAGAGGUAGUCUUGGGUAGUUAUUACAGUUAAUGGUGGUGGACGUGCAGCUCGCUGAACAUAGCCCAAAAUACUAUUGUUAGUGCUGGGGCCUUUUAUUUCUGUUGUAAGAUCACCAUUGAAACAGGACAAAAUUAUGUCUUUAAUCAGACCUGCAGAUUCAUCUGCUCCUUCAUAUGGGGAGUCAAGAAUUUACCAGGCCAAAGGAAGCAGCAACCCUUCUGGUUUAUCCACUCAGAUGUACAGUUCAAAUAAACAGAAGUUUAAGCAUGUUACAGAAUCUAACCACUUGGACAGUUACAACCAGCAGAGCUUCCCCGAGUCCUCCACUGCAGAGUUGCAUGCGUUGCAAGCCAACGUCUAUCACCCAUCUAACUCUGGUGUUCCUGGGGGGGCGUUCUGCCCCCAAGUUUCCUGUUCUUCUGCUACCGCACACAACUCAUAUUUGGAGAAAAUCUUGGAUCCAAUAGACUCUGGUGAAGAUAAUAUUAGGUUAAAGCUUAGAGAACUGGAGAGUGCACUGUUGAAUGAUAAUGAUGAGGAUGAUUAUUAUUAUAAUGGUGGAAUUAGCGGUCCAGAACAUAACAUGAAUAUUGAUAGUGAAUGGGCUGACUCGAUCAAGGAUAUAUUAUUGCUGCCAAAUUCACCAAAGGACUCUUCAUCUGACUCCAACCUCAGUUACAUAUGCAGCAACAAAGAAACAUCAGCGUGCACAUCUAGGCCCACAACCCCAAAGCAGAUGCUUUUCAAUUGUGCUGCUGCCCUUUCAGAAGGCAAUAUGGAACAAGCGUCCACCAUCAUUGCCACUCUCCGGAGGAUGGUCUCUAUCCAAGGAGAUCCUCCCCAAAGAAUUGCGGCUUACAUGGUUGAAGGACUUGCAGCUCGCAUGGCUGCAUCAGGCCAAGGACUAUACAGAGCUCUGAAAUGCAAAGAGCCACCCACUUCCGACCGGCUCUCUGCCAUGCAAAUCCUCUUUGAGGUGUGCCCUUGUUUCAAGUUUGGUUUCAUGGCAGCAAAUGGUGCAAUCACAGAAGCCUUCAAAGGUGAAAAAGGAGUUCAUAUAAUAGAUUUUGACAUAAAUCAAGGGAGCCAAUACAUAACCCUGAUACAGGCACUUGCUGCUCAACCUGCUAAGCCUUGCGUGAGGAUUACUGGGGUGGAUGAUCCUGAAUCGGUUCAACGAAAAGUUGGUGGUCUGAAGAUCAUCGGCCAGAGACUGGAGCAGCUAGCAGAGGCAUGUGGUGUGCCAUUUGAGUUCCGAGCAAUAGCUGCCAAAACUGCAGAUAUAACCCCAUCAAUGCUCAACUGCCUGCCAGGUGAGGCUCUUCUUGUGAACUGUGCCUUCCAACUUCACCACAUGCCAGAUGAGAGUGUUUCAACUGUAAAUCAACGGGACCAACUCCUUCGAAUGAUAAAGAGCUUGACUCCUAAACUGGUGACUGUUGUAGAGCAGGAUGUGAACACAAACACUGCCCCAUUUUUCCCCAGGUUUAUUGAAGCUUAUAACUAUUACUCGGCUGUGUUUGAAUCACUUGAUGCAACAUUGCCCAGAGAGAACCCAGACAGGAUUAAUGUUGAAAAGCACUGCCUUGCUAGAGAUAUAGUAAACAUUGUAGCAUGUGAAGGCGAGGAGAGGAUAGAGAGGUAUGAGGUUGCGGGGAAAUGGAGGGCAAGGAUGACAAUGGCCGGAUUCAGACCAUGUCCAUUGAGCUCAUCUGUGAAUAACUCAAUCCAAGAGCUUCUAAAACAGUACUGCAACCGGUAUAAGGUGAAGCAGGAGGGUGGUGCACUUCAUUUUGGGUGGGAAGACAAAAUCUUAAUAGUUGCUUCUGCAUGGAGGUGAUUAAUUUGGCUGAUGAGGAUAUCAUCUCCAUGCUGGCAAAUGAAGUUUGGAUAUUUUCUUGUAAUCGACUUGAGAGUGUGUGAAGGAACUCAAAGACAUGUAACCAUUUGUGGUGCAACAAUUCGCAAGUAGGGUUGUUGCGUACAAUAAUAAAAGCUUUGCUGUUCCUGGUGUGGUUUGUUCUAUA